GCUAGUGUUCCUUGAUUGGGGGCAGGGGCUUCAUCGGUAGAAUAUGCGAGGCCUCAUAGUCAUCACCGUGUACCGCCGAGCUCACUUUGAGAGAGAGAUGAGGUACAUGUAGGGUGGAAAACGGGAAGAAUGGUCUAAAAGCAAUAUGGAAAUGAAAACCAGAGAAGUAUAAAUAACAGCCUCUCCCCUUGCUCUGGACAGACUUCUCUCUCAUCAGCAUCAGCCACUCAAGCAUCCAACUCCACCUUCUCAAGAAAUAAAACCACACAGCCACUUCCAAACCACCAACCAACCGCCAAAAUGCAAUUCUCCACCCUCCUCGUCUCUGCCCUCGCCGCUGUUGCCACCGCUAGCCCAUCCCUCCGCCGCCGCCAGGCUGACUGCCCCGAGGUCGACGCCGUCCCCGCCUGUGGUCUCCCAUGCAUCUACACUGCCGCCGCUGACCUCGGCUGCCCCGACAACACCGACUACGCCUGCAUGUGUGGCCAGUGGGACGCCCUCCGCUCCAACGCCGCCGGCUGCGUCAUCUCCAGCUGCGGUCUCCUCAACGCCAUGACUGUCCUCAACGCCGUCCAGGCUGUCUGCGAUGCCUGUGUUGCUUAGGUAAUGGCAGUGGUACCUGGUGGCUGAUGACGAGAAAGUCCAACGGGUGGGAACUGGGUGACGAUCAAUACUUUCAACAAGAUGAUGGGGUCACGGAGGAUUUGGGAUCAAGAAAGUUGUACAUAGGGAAUUCCAAGUUCUGCCAGUUCUGAGAGGUUGUUUGCCUUGAAUGAUGUUGUGAUUCGUGAUUGAUGAUGGUGAUUA